AUGUAUCUUGACGACGUCAUAGAUUUGGACUCUCGGUUUCUCACCUGGGAAGCCGGUAGACGUAACGAGAAUACCAAGAAUAAUGAGCAUCAAGUGACUGCCAUGUACGCAGGUGGUUCAUGCAAGGACAGCAAGGUAUGA